AUGAGGACCCUCAUGAUUAACCGAGGGUUAUUAUAUAAGUCGCAGCUCAAAUCCUUUCACCUGCAUAAGUUUUGUAAGAGAUUCACGUUUUCAAAUAAUGGACCCUCCGAUGUGGUAGAGGGGUCUGUUUCUUUUGCUAAUAUGGGAAACAACGACCCCUCUGAUGAGGGAAAAGGGGCUGUUUCUUAUGCUAAUGCGGGAGGGGGUCAAAGUUCGAGAAGAUGUGAAAGUUUUAGACGAGGGUUUGAUAAUGUGAUUCAAAUUCUAGAGAGUGGUCCUUGGGGACCUUCCAUAGAGAAAUCUUUAUCUUUGUGUGAUGAUAAACCCCAUACUGAUAUGGUCAUUGGAGUCUUGAGGAGGUUGAAGGACAUUGAUUUAGCUGUAAACUAUUUUAGGUGGGUUGAGAGGAUGACUGAUCAAGUGCACUGUCCGGAAGCGUACAAUUCACUCCUUACAGUAAUGGCCAGGAGUAAGAAACUUGACUGGUUUGAACAUGUUUUGGCAGAAAUGAAUCUCGCUGGAUUUGGCCCGUCUUUUGAAACUUGUGUGGAGCUAGUGUCCAGCUUUGUGAAGAGUCAAAGAUUGAAAGAAGCCUUUGAUCUUAUCCAAACCAUGAGAAAGUUUAAAUUCCGCCCGGCAUUUUCUGCAUACACAACUCUUAUAGGUGCACUAUCUGCAGUUCAUAAGCCCGAUAGCCCGGAGCUCAUGCUAACCCUCUUUAAUCAGAUGCAGGAAUUAGGAUAUGAAGUUAGUGUACAUUUGUUCACGACUUUGGUUCGUGUAUUUGCCCGGGAGGGCCGGGUUGACGCUGCUCUUUCCCUGUUAGAUGAGAUGAAGAGCAAUUCCUUUGAUGCCGACAUUGUUCUCUAUAACGUGUGUAUAGACUGCUUUGGCAAGGUUGGCAAAGUAGAUAUGGCUUGGAAAUUCUUCCACGAGAUGCAAUCCCAUGGCAUCACACCUGAUGACGUGACCUAUACUAGCAUGAUAGGAGUACUCUGCAAAGGUAAUAGACUGGAUGAGGCUGUUGAGUUGUUUGAGCAGAUGGAGCGGGAUAGGACUGUUCCCUGUGCGUAUGCUUAUAACACAAUGAUCAUGGGUUACGGAUCCGUUGGAAAGUUUGACGAAGCCUAUAAUUUGCUAGAUAGGCAAAGAUCGAAGGGGUCCAUACCAAGUGUGAUAGCUUAUAAUAGUCUUCUUACUUGCCUUGGGAAGAAAGGGAAGGUAGACGAGGCGUUAAGAAUGUUUGAGGAGAUGAAAGACAACGCUAUGCCUAACCUUUCUACUUAUAACAUUCUAAUAGACAUGCUGUGCAAGGCUGGAAAACUUGAUGCUGCUUUUGAAAUUCAGAAUGCCAUGAAGGUAGCUGGCUUGGUUCCAAAUGUAAUGACUGUUAACAUCAUGAUUGACCGAUUGUGUAAGGCUAACAAACUUGAAGAAGCGUGUUCUAUUUUUGAAGGCAUGGAUCGUAAAGUCUGUACCCCAAAUAAGUUUACAUUUUGUUCUCUGAUAGAUGGCUUGGGUAGGCACGGCAGAGCAGAUGAUGCUUACAGAUUAUAUGAACGAAUGCUAGAUUCUGGUUUAUUACCAGAUGCAAUUGCCUAUACAUCCCUCAUAAAGAACUUUUUCAAGACCGGCAGAAAGGAGGAUGGACACAAGGUCUACAAGGAAAUGGUCCGGAGAGGCAUUUCUCCAGACCUUACGCUACUUAAUACCUAUAUGGAUUGUGUAUUCAAAGCUGGUGAAACAGAGAAAGGCAGAACUUUAUUUGAGGAGAUCAAGGCUCGAUUUUCUCCAGAUACACGGAGCUAUUCAAUACUAAUCCAUGGCCUCAUAAAAGCAGGCUUUGCUCGUGAGACAUAUGAGCUAUUCUAUGCAAUGAAGGAACAGGGAUAUGUACUGGAUACUCUUGCAUAUAACACUGUAAUUGAUGGAUUCUGUAAAUCAGGUAAGGUAAAUAAAGCUUACCAGCUUUUAGAGGAGAUGAAAGCAAAGGGCCUCCUACCUACUGUGGUUACUUACGGUUCUGUUAUUGAUGGGCUUUCUAAGAUUGACAGGCUUGACGAAGCCUACAUGCUCUUUGAAGAAGCAAAAGCAACUGGCGUGGAGUUAAAUGUAGUGGUGUAUAGUAGUCUUCUGGACGGAUUUGGGAAGGUGGGUAGAAUUGAUGAAGCGUAUCUAAUUAUGGAAGAAAUGAUGCAAAAAGGUUUAAUGCCAAAUGUUCAAACAUGGAAUUGCUUGCUUGAUGCACUUGUAAAGGCAGAAGAAAUAGAUGAAGCCCUUGUCUGCUUCAAUUCGAUGAAAGACUUGAAAUGCACACCCAAUGCCAUAACAUAUAGCAUUCUCAUAAAUGGCCUCUGUCGGGUGCGGAAAUUUAACAAGGCCUUCGUGUUUUGGCAAGAAUUGCAAAAACAAGGGAUGAAACCCAAUACAAUCACGUACACCACCAUGAUAUCUGGGCUUGCCAAGGCUGGUAAUAUAUUGGAAGCCGAUAAACUCUUUGAGAGGUUCAAAGCAAACGGAGGUAUACCCGAUUCUGCUUGCUAUAAUACUAUGAUUGAAGGUUUGAGCCUUGCAAAUAAGGCAAUGGAAGCAUAUCAGUUGUUUGAAGAAACACGGUUGAAGGGUUGUAAUAUAUAUACCAAAACUUGCGUAAUACUUUUGGAUUCGUUGCACAAAGCUGAAUAUCUCGAGCAGGCAGCAAUUGUGGGUGCUGUAUUGAGAGAAACAGCCAAGUCACAGCAUGCGGUAAGAUCCUUAUAA